AUGAUAGAAGAUAUAUCUAACAAUGUACCCCCAACAGCAACUCCAACCCCAACCAUUGUCGUCCCUCAACAACAAAAAGUAAUUGCACAACUUACUGAAGAACUCCGUCUCACUAGAUCAGGUCCACCACAACUACCUCCUGCCGCCACUCUGUCAUGGUUCACUGACGAGGAAGAUUUUUCUACUCUUCCAGAAACACAAUACUCCUUGGCUCCCUGGCACCAACCAGAUAGAGUAUUAGCUCUCAUAAAAAAUCUAGUCCAACACCAAGCGAUACGCGAAGCUGCUGCUGCUCGUUUAUUUCAAGCCCCUUCAGCUACUCGAGGUUUCCAAUACUUAUAUAUACCUACCAAGGUACAUGUUCCCCUCGGUAAGUUAAGAACUACUUUCAAGAAAUUGGAAGUCAAUAAUGGCCGUUUCCUAGAUCUACACUACGCUGACUGUAACAUUGUUGCAGUACUCGUCCAUAAUGACUAUGCUCCCGAACUUCAAGAACUGUUAACUAAAUGA